AUGAGUGUCCAGCCAUCGCAGAUGAACAUUGAAGAAGGGAGGAAACAUCCGACAAGAUCGGCCACCGCAUCAGCCAUCGGCAGCAUGGGCCCUGAAGCUGGGGCCGGGAUUUUGGUUGGGAGGUGUUGUGGCAACUGUUUUAACUUGCUUUACCGCAACUUUAUGCCUCUGCUGCUUCCUCGGCGUCAAGGAGCUCCGAAAGAAUCCAAAAUCUGGCGAGGGCUGGCUUCUUAUAUGCCUUGGAAUCCCGGUAAACCUAGUGUUGGGCUGGCUGAUUUGGAUGUGGGUCUCGGCGAGCAAAGUUAUCCUGCGGAUACUACCACCCUGUUCCGGAAUGAUACAUUGCUGUCCGGUUACCUGGGCUCCAACGCUUCUGGGCCUACUGGAUAUCGAGCCCCAGACAAA